AUGUCACUUCCUGAAGAUCUAAAACCGUUGUACACGGAAUGGCUGGGAAUAGAAACAGAAAAAGCUGCCCAAAAGAGUGAGAAACUGGGCGUCGUUUAUGCCAAAGCUUUGGAGAAUUUGAAGACGCAUGAAGCAACUCUUUUUCAUCCGAAUCAACUGCUAGCUGUCAAGGGAAUUGGCAACAGAAUCAAAAAUGUUUUGCGAGACCGUUUGCACGCUUAUUGCCAGGAAUCCGGGUUCCAGUUACCGCUGGAUCCUGCUUUGCGCGUAGAAAACCUUGAAAAACGGCAAAGGACCAAAAUACGAUCGUUGCACGCUACGGAUGACCUUGAUGACCAUCAACCUUCCAAAAAAAGGCGCAAAUACGUACCUAAACGGAGGUCAGGAGCCUACGCAAUCUUACUGGCAUUGUUAGAAGCCCAUUCAUCUCGUCAAGGGUCUUCCAAAAUCGAAAUUGUGGCUAUGGCUGGCAAAUACUGUGAUCAUAGUUUUAGCUCCAAUCCCGCAUCCCGCGAUUUCCAUAGUGCAUGGAGUUCAAUCAAGACUCUUCUAGCUCGUGAGCUGGUUGUCGAAGAAGGACGGCCCAAGCGCUACAUUUUGACCGAAGAGGGUGAAGAUAUGGCCCAUUCUUUGAAGAAAACCGAUCAGAUUGAAUUCGAAGACGAGUUGGCUUAUCAAAAUCGUCUGAACACACAAAGAUCAGGGUCCCCGCAACGGGACGAUAGUGACUCACCGGAUUUCUCCGUCAACUAUUCUGCAUUGAUGGAAGCUUCGGCUUCUCCAAGCACGAAAAAUCCUUCAAUUGCAUUAGCUCGCCAAGAAAGCGUUCUUCAUCAAGACUCUACACCUUUCCUCUCUCAGCAAGCCGGUUUAAGAGAAGACUCUUUCACAGGUCAGAGUCCACCACAAAUACCCGCCAGUCCUUUGAAGAAAGUGCGAGACAACAUAGUCAGAGCCCGUUGGGAAGGUAUUAGCUACGAGUUCUGGAAUCCCGGUAGUUAUGAGAUUGUGCUCAUCAUUGACCACCGAGAGGUUAAAUCCAAACAAGAGCGUGAGUUCUUCGCAACGCAGCUGCAAGCCAGGGGCGUCUCUGUUGAAACACGACAACUUUCACUCAGUGACAUGUUGUGGAUCGCACGGAACAAAGUUAGCAAACGUGAAUGUGUUCUUAACUUCAUGUUAGAAAGGAAAAGGCUUGACGAUUUUGCCAUGAGUAUUAUGGAUAAUCGGUUUGUGGAGCAGAAAAACAGGCUAAAGAAGACCGGUUGUAAAAACAUUCAUUACCUCGUGGAAGAUACAGUAAGCGAUACGGCCAAUCGUAUGGCAGAUGCCAUUAAGACUGCUGUUUGGAUCACAGUUAUCUACAAUGGGUUCCAUGUCAAAAGGACGAAAAACUCAGACGGCACUGUGGCUUGGCUCAAAGGUAUGACCCAGACGAUUGAAAGCUACUACACUGAGAAAGCUUUGUUGGUGAUGAGUCCCCGAGAUUUGAAGAGCCAAGAAGACUAUUUCAAUACAUUACACAGGUUUCGUGAACAAUUCGAGCGCAAUGAACAUCUCGAAUGUUGUCAACGGUUCGAUUGUUUCCAAGAAAUAAUGGAUAAAAGGUCAUUAAUGACAGUGAAAGAACUAUAUCUUCGUGCUCUUUUGACUAACAAGGGUGUUUCUUUGGAAAAAGCCAUCUCAAUUCAAAACAAAUUCCCCACUUUGAAGUCUCUACUACUAGCAUACCGGCGUUGCGAUACAGAGGCUGCUGGUAAGAAUCUGAUAGCUGACGCGCUAAAAAAUGAACCCGGGACGAGGAAAAUCGGUAAAGCCCUGUCUGAAACCCUAUGGUGUAGUUUUGGAAAGUCCUAG